UUUGCUUAUAAAUUCAUUUCAACGCCCCCACUCAACUCCGCCUCUUCGGAAAGAGCUUUACUCUGUCGUAUCUCUCCUUCUAAAACCCUACUUAUCUCCUCCUCGCAAAACCCUAGCCCCUUCCUUUUUUCUUUCGUAGUAAUCAUCCAUGGAGUUCUGGGGUAUUGAAGUUAAGUCUGGACAGCCUAUUAAAGCAGAUCCUGGUGCUAACUACGUUAUCCAUCUUUCCCAGGCUUCACUUGGAGAGUCCAAGAACAAAGCAGAAUCCGUUCCACUCUAUGUGAAUGUUGAUGGAAAGAAACUUAUUCUGGGAACCCUUUCCCACCAGAGUUGCCCUCAAUUAUCUUUUGAUUUAGUAUUUGACGAAGAGUUUGAGCUCUCCCACAACUGGAAAAACGGGAGCGUAUAUUUCCUCGGUUAUAAAACUUUCAUACCAGAGGAAGGUGAUGAUUUUGGUAUGUCUAGUGAAGAAGAAAGCGAGGAGGAGGAAGAUGAGGAGCUUCCUGUCGCUGCUGCUGCUGCCGCUGCAGUAAAUGGAAAAGCUAAGCCAGAUGCAAAAACAGCCAAGGCUAAUGCUGGGAAACCUGAUGCUGUUAAACAAUCUGGCAAGAUAGCAGAACCUAGCAAUAACAGGAAAUCUGAGGAUGAAGAUGAUGAUGAUGAGUCCGAGGAUGAGAGUGGUUCUGAUGAGGAAGAUGAUUCUGAUGACGAUGAUGAGUCUGAUGAGAUGUCUAUGGAUGAAAGUUCAGAUGACGAGGAUGAGGAGACACCUAAGAAGGUCGAGUCAAGCAAGAAGAGACCUGUCGAGUCAAGCAAGAAGAGGCCUGCUGAAGCUGCAACCCCUGCUUCUGCAAAAAAGGCUAAAUCUGCAGUUACACCUCAGAAGACAGAUGGUAAGAAGGGUGGACACACAGCAACACCGCAUCCAGCAAAGCAAUCUGGGAAAAAUUCUGCAAAGUCUCCAAAGUCUGGUGGUCAAUUCUCUUGUGGUUCUUGUAACAAGUCGUUCGGGUCUGAGGGCGGUUUAGAGUCUCACAAGAAGGCCAAGCAUGGUGGCAAAUGAGGUCGGGUUUACAUGCUCUAAUGUGCAUGUUUAAUUUUGGGGAGAGAUGUUUGGCUUGUGGUUUUGGUUCUUAUUAUUCUUACUAGUAAAAUGAGUGAUUUAUGGAUUAGAAAAGACUUCGGGAAGGUCCUUAUGAUUAGAAACUAUCAUAAUAUUGGAUAAUUAUUAUGAUUAUAUUUUAGGAUGUGUAAUGUUUGCUUCAAAUUUUGUCUGAUUUGCAUUUUACAUGCGUGAUCCUUAAAUGGAAGGUUUAUGGUUUUUCGGAA